AUGAAAUAUUCCAUUGCUGUCUUUCUUCUCUCUGCUGUUGGGGUUGCUUCGCAGGCAGCAAACUGCGGCGAGGUCGCAGCAUGUCUCAAGGCAGGGCCUAAUCCCGAUUACUGCUUUGACAAUGAACGAUGCCUUUGUGGAACUCACAAGGAAAUUUUGAAUUGUUAUCUUCACUGCGAUAGCGAUCCUAAAGCCAAAACAGCCCAGGAGGAUGUAGAUAAAUACUGUGCAGUUGUGAGAAAGCGACGUUCCAAACCCCUGUAUUAA